UUCCCGGGGGGCGCCAAAUUGCCGAGAGCUGGCGCUGCGGCCGCGGACAUGCUGCCGGCCGGCUGCUCCCAGCGCCUGGUGGCCGAGCUACAGGGCGCCCUGGACGCUUGCGCAGAGAGACAGAAGCAGCAGGAGCGGAGCCUCGGAGUCUGCCGGCGGCUGCUGCAGGCCUGGGAACCAGCGAGGACCUGGGCUCCAGAUCCACCUCCGGGGCCAGAAACUACCGAAGAGGACCUGACCCCAGCGCGCACCCCCAGCCCCCAGGACCUCAAGGAGCUGGAGCUCUUGACGCAGGCGCUGGAGAAGGCUGCACGCGUGCGAAGAAGUGUCUGCAGGGCCGGAGGAAGAGGCGAGGCCGCCGGCCUGACGCCCGGCUCUGCUGCCGCCUCCGCUGGCACCGCGGCGCCAGGGUCCGGCCAAGGUGGCCCAGGGCCCGCCAAGGGCAUCCGCCAGGCCAGGACGCCUGCCACGGACCACCCGGAGCUCAGGCCUCUGCCAGGCAGGGACAGGGCCGGUGUGGGGACAAGAGCCCGAGCCACCGAGCCUGGACGCAGCCUCAGAGACCAGCGAGUGGCCCCAUCGCCUGCCCCUCAGGCCCCGGGAGCCUUCACGCUGAAGGAGCAGGGGAGGCUGCUGCGGCUGCCCGCGGCCCUCAGGAAGGCGGCGUCCCAGAACCAGCGCCUGUGGGCCCAGCUCGAGUCUGCACAGACCAGGGACCCCGCAGAUGCCGCCGCCGCUGCCAGAGCCCGGUUCCUGCAGAAAAUGCAGACAGCUUCCAGCUGGCCCAGCCCCAGGCCCAGUGGCGCGGAGGUGGAGGCGGAGGGCCGGCGCCUGCGGAGGGCCUGCGCGCUGAUGAGACUGCACAUGUGGGAGGCGCUCUCGGCAGCCCGCUCUGACUGGACGCAGGAGUACCACUGCCUGCUCACCCUGGAGGGACUGCAGGCCAUGGUGGGGCGCUGUCUGCAGAGGCUGCAGGAGCUGCCGGCAGACAGAGUGACAGAGGAACAAUGCCCGCAACACCCGAGACUUGGCCAGGCUGGAGCUGGGAGCCAGGAACUGCAGCCGGGUCUCUCACUGGUGGAACAGCCUCCAGGGCCGUGUCUCGCGGGAUGGCGCCCCCAGCCCUCGUCGCCCUGUGGGGGCAGAGCAGGCCCCACCUGGAGCCCCCGGCUGCUUUGCUACUCCAGCCCCCAGGAGCUGCAGACCCUGGCCGCCCUCAGGCUGCGGGUGGCCAUGCUGCACCAGCAGAUCCACUUGCAAAAGGUCCUGAUGGCCGAGCUGCUGCCGGUGCUGAGCACCCAGGAAGCACGCGGGCCGCCCUGCCUGGCUCUGUGCCGCGCGGUGCACAGCCUGCUCUGUGAGGGCGGCGAGCACUUCUUCAGCAUCCUACGGGACGACAUGGCUGACUGAGGCCGGCGCCCGGUGCCCAGAGCCGCUGGAGCCCGCCGGGCGGCGCUCCACGGGUGGGCCAGUGAGCGGUGGCCUCCUCACAAACCCGUGGUCAGGGCUCCUCGCCGGGGCCUUGGGAGCCUUUCCGGGCCACCUGGGUUUGCUCCCACUGGAGACCUGAGAGCUGCCUGUGUGACAUUAAAGCCACUGCAGAGUGCGGGCGUGUGAAUCCCGCUGCGCCCAGA